UAACCAGCAGCCAAGAUCGCAGUUUAGUAAAUCUGCCAUUGUUGUUUUUUACUUUUGAUCAGACGAGCAGGUCAUGCAACAGUUAUUGUCUAAUGCACACUGAUCAUUCCACUUUCUACGGUGUACGUGACACGUAGCUUGUCAGUCAUGGCAGUGCCAAACCCUUAUGAUAAUCUUCUGAAAACAGUUGUUGUAAAUAGUAAAGAACGAAGUUAUUAUGACAUAUCAUCAUUCGGAAAUAAAUACGAUCGAUUGCCGUUCUCAAUAAGAGUAUUGCUAGAAAGUGCAGUAAGAAAUUGCGAUGGAUUCCAAGUUAAAGACCAAGACGUCCAAAAAAUUCUCGACUGGGAGACGAACCAGGCAAGCGAUGAUGUCGAGGUAGCAUUCAAGCCAGCCCGAGUAAUUUUGCAAGACCUGACUGGAGUUCCAGCGGUCGUUGAUUUUGCAGCAAUGCGAGAUUGCGUUAAAAGAUUAGACGGAGAUCCGAAUAAAAUAAAUCCAAUUUGUCCUUCGGACUUGGUCAUCGAUCACUCGAUCCAAGUCGACUUUGUCCGCAGCGGAGACGCCUUAAAGAAAAAUGAAGACCUGGAAUUUGAACGUAACAAGGAGAGAUUUUUGUUUUUGAAGUGGGGAGCUAAGGCUCUGAAAAACAUGCUGAUAGUCCCACCAGGAAGUGGAAUUGUCCAUCAAGUUAAUUUGGAGUAUUUGGCACGUGUCGUUUUUGAUUCGGAUAAUCUUCUUUAUCCGGAUAGCGUUGUUGGUACUGAUUCACACACGACUAUGAUUAAUGGUCUUGGAAUUUUGGGAUGGGGUGUAGGUGGAAUUGAAGCUGAGGCUGUCAUGCUGGGCCAAGCUGUUUCAAUGUUGCUACCCAAAGUCAUAGGAUACAAACUCGUAGGGACUCUAAACCAAUAUGUCACCUCUACAGACCUUGUACUAACCAUCACCAAAAAUUUAAGACAGCUGGGUGUUGUUGGAAAAUUUGUUGAAUUUUACGGCCCAGGAGUGUCUGAAUUAAGUAUCGCAGACAGAGCAACUAUUUCAAACAUGUGUCCAGAGUACGGUGCUACUGUUGGAUUCUUCCCUGUAGAUCAACAAAGUUUGAGCUAUUUAAGACAAACUGGUCGUUCCGAUGAACACAUAGAGCGUAUAGAAAAAUAUUUACGUGCUGUAAAAAUGUUAAGAGAUUACAGUAAUGAAUUACAAGACCCGAUAUUUUCUGAAACAGUAACCUUGGACUUGGCGACGGUGGUAUCAAGUGUAAGCGGGCCAAAAAGACCCCACGAUCGUGUUUCAGUAUCAGAUAUGAAACAAGAUUUUAAUCAGUGUCUCACUAAUAAGAUUGGAUUUAAAGGAUACGGAUUAUCGCCAGAUAAAAUAAAAACCGAGGGUAAAUUUACAUUUGAAGGUCAAGAAUAUUCUCUAAAGCAUGGCUCAGUGGUAAUAGCAGCAAUAACAAGCUGUACAAACACGAGUAAUCCGAGUGUAAUGCUUGGCGCUGGUCUUCUAGCGAAAAACGCGGUGGAAGCGGGCUUGACCGUAGCGCCGUACAUAAAAACAUCUCUAUCCCCAGGUUCCGGGGUGGUAACCUACUACCUCCGAGAAAGCGGAGUGAUCCCGGCACUGACCGAGCUGGGUUUUGAGAUCGUCGGGUACGGAUGCAUGACAUGUAUCGGGAACAGCGGUCCGCUGGAAGACUCAAUCGCGGAGACGAUAGAAAAGAACGAGCUAGUGUGCUGCGGAGUUUUGUCGGGAAACCGCAACUUUGAGGGCAGAAUACACCCGAGUACCCGAGCUAAUUACUUGGCUUCACCAUUGCUCGUGAUUGCGUACGCGAUUGCGGGUACAGUGGACAUAGACUUCGAGACAGAGCCUCUAGGUCGCCGCGCCGACGGGUCUAGUGUCUUUUUGCGGGACAUCUGGCCAACGCGCGUUGAGAUCCAAGCGGUGGAGCAGCAGUACGUCAUACCUGCGAUGUUCAAGAGCGUUUACAAUAAAAUAGAGAAAGGCAGCAAUCGCUGGGCGAGUCUCUUCGCUCCAGAGGGUCAGCUUUAUCCUUGGAACGAAGACUCUACCUACAUUAAGCAUCCUCCGUACUUUGAAAACCUUCAAAAGGAAUUACCUGAGGCGAAAAAUAUUCAUAAAGCUAGAGUUUUACUUAAUCUUGGGGACUCGGUUACUACUGACCAUAUAAGUCCGGCUGGAAGCAUCGCUCGGAAUUCGCCAGCUGCUAGAUAUUUGGCUAAGCGAGGACUGACACCCAGAGAAUUUAAUUCUUAUGGAGCUAGACGAGGAAAUGAUGCCGUUAUGGUUCGAGGGACCUUUGCUAAUAUUCGUUUAGACAAUAAGUUUAUUGGGAAACCUGGCCCGAAAACUCUCUACAUACCUAGUAAUGAAGAGAUGGAUAUUUUCGACGCUGCAGAAAGAUACAUCAAAGAAAAAACUCCUUUGAUAGCUCUAGUCGGCAAAGAAUACGGAUCAGGAUCAUCAAGAGAUUGGGCAGCCAAAGGUCCUUAUCUUCUUGGAAUUCGUGCAAUUAUUGCCGAGUCUUAUGAAAGAAUACAUAGAUCAAAUUUAGUCGGAAUGGGAAUCGUACCGCUGCAAUACUUACCCGGACAGACCGCUGAAACUCUGGGUCUCACUGGUUUUGAGUUAUUCGAUAUAGACAUUCCUGCUAAUUGUCAGCCUCAUCAGCAAAUUACAGUACGAACUGACACGGGGAAAAAGUUUGAUGUAAUUGUGAGAUUCGAUACUGAAGUUGACCUCACUUAUUUCAAACACGGCGGCAUCCUUAAUUAUAUGAUCAGAACUAUGAUUUAGUUUUUUUUUUUUAGAAGAAAUAUAAUUGAAAUUGUCAAUAAGAUUUAUCGCUUAAUUUUGUCAUAUUGUUUAAAGAUUGCCUUAGCUAUGAACAAUAAAUUAGCGUGUAAUGUAAAUUUAAAAUUGUUUUAUAGCUAAAUAUUGAUAGAAAUCAUGAAUAAUUAAUUGAGGAAGUUAUUAAAAUUUUUUUCACACUGAAGUUAAUUGACAGAAAUUUUUUUAUAAUUUUAUAUCAAUAAAAUUACUAUUAAAAAAAAAAAUUCCACGUGAAAAUUAAAAAAAAUUUUUUAUAGUAAUUUUGUUGUGAAAAUACAAAAAUUGAAAGCUGUCAGCUAACUCCAGUGCCAUUAAUUUUGAGGAGUCUCUGUUAUUACAUGUUAGGUUCAAAUUUUAUAUUAUUUAUCGUAUUUAAUAGCUUUAUACUGUUAAUCAAUUUUAAGGACUUUUGUUAUGGGGUUUUUUUUAAUUAUAAAAAUUAUACAAGUUAGCUAAUGGUUUAAUAUCAGUGGAAUAUUAUUUAAUUAUUACAGUUUUGUAAAAUAAAAAUUUAGAUUUUAAAAA